CUGUGAGGAGGAAGAAAAGUGGGGCCGUCACCAGAGUUUACGGAGGCGGGAACAGCGUGACAUCCCAGGAUUACACAAACUCUUAGGGGCUGCCAAAAGAGCUAGGACAGAUAAACGCGUGGAACCUAGAAGCCGGAAGGUGCUGCUGGACAGGAAAGAAGCCAAAGCCGUUCCCAGAGCCAGCCUGGGCCAUAGAGGCUUUCAGGACUUAUCGACUAUGGAGCGCGUUCCCUGCCUGUUGCUGCUGCUUCUACCGCUACUGUGUAUUUCUGGGGCCACACCAGAGCCCUGCGAGCUGGACGACGAUGACAUCCACUGCUCCUGCAACUUCUCGGAUCCGCAGCCCGACUGGUCCAGCGCCUUCCAGUGUAUGGCUGCCGUGGACGUGAAGAUCCAUGGCGGCGGCCGCAGCUUGGAACAGUUUCUAAAGCGUGUGGACCCAGACACCGACCCUCGGCAAUAUAUGGACAUGGUCAAGGCUCUGCGCUUGCGGCGGCUCACCGUGGGGGGUGCACAGGUUCCUGCUCUGCUACUGUUCGGCGUCCUGCGUGUGCUGGGAUAUUCCCGUGUCAAAGAACUAACGCUGGAGGACCUAGAGGUAACCGGCACCACCCCGCCGCCGCCUCUAGAAGCCACAGGGCCUGCGCUCACCACCUUGCGCCUCCACAACGUGUCGUGGGCGACAGGGGGUGCCUGGCUCUCCCAACUGCAGCACUGGCUCAAGCCUGGCCUCAAGGUACUGAGCAUUGCCCAAGCACACUCGCUCGCCUUUUCCUGCGAGCAGGUCCGCAUCUUCCGGGACCUCACCACCCUGGACCUGUCUGACAAUCCUGGGCUGGGUGAGCGCGGACUGAUUGCGGCACUCUGUCCGCACAAAUUCCCUAAUCUCCAGGUUUUAGCGCUGCGCAAUACGGGGAUGGAGACGCCCAAUGGCGUGUGCGCAGCGCUGGCGAUCGGCGCCGUGCAGCCCCACCAACUAGACCUCAGCCACAACUCGCUGCGCGCUUCUGGCGCUCCCUCGUGCGUCUGGCCCAGCGUUCUAAAGUCCCUGAAUCUGUCAUUUGCUGGGCUGGAGCAGGUGCCUAAGGGGCUGCCGGCUAAGCUCAGCGUGCUUGAUCUCAGUUGCAACAAGCUGAGUAGGGAGCCUCGGCCAAAUGAGCUGCCCCAGGUGGGUAACCUGUCACUAAAUGGAAAUCCCUUCCUGACCCUGGAAGCUUCCAGCCCAUCAGAGAGCACCAUGAACUCUGGUGUAGUCCCAUACUGUGCGGGUUCACCGCUGGCUGUGGGGAUGUCAGGAACACUAGCUCUGCUCCAAGGGGCCCGGGGAUUUGUCUAAGGGGCAAGAGAGGAGAAUGAAUGGGUUUAGAUUGUCUUGACUUCCAGGAGUCCUAUCAAAAUCUUGACCAACCAUGUGGCUGCUUACUUUUAUUAGGAUUUUAAACCACGGGCCAUAUCACUCACUCAACAGAUCCUUACUGGGUGUCUGCUAUGUGUUGGCCUCUGUGCUGGAUGGGGAAUCCAUCCUACUUAGACUUUCUUCACACUAACUCUCUAGAAACCUACCUGGUCCUUCUCAAGAAACUGCAAGAGCAAAAUGGCAGAGAAAUGUUGCCUGACUAAAGCUGCGUGGGAGAAAUAAUUUUCGUGUAAUCAGGGCUUUCUGGGAAGCUUACUGGCACUUGGGUUAAAGGAUGUUUGAAUGGUAAACAUACCUUGGAAAACAGAAGGUUUCCCUUCCCCCACUCACUUUCCAAGAGUCAAAGGUAAUAAAACCAGAGCCGUUUGCUUAAACUCCUCUUUUUCCCCCAUUCCCCAAGGGGAAGGGGCAGACAUGCCUCCUGUCCAACAUAAACUCUGAGCUGCAUAAUUUCAGGAGUCCUCUCUGCUGAUGUAAAACUCCUCUGCCCAAGUAUGAUGGCUUUCACCGUGUCAUUACCCCACACAAUGAGAGAUUCCAGCAUACGCCAAGGAUGUGAGAUACAGCGUAUUUCCAAGGCAGAGAUCUGUGCUGUUCAUACAUAUGAGGGUAAUAAAAAUAACUUUUAAAAAAACAUACAUAUGAGGAUAACCUUUUCAGGCUGGUUUUUUAAAAAUUUUU